UCAUAUUACAUUUCGUAUCAGGUUAACACCAAUCCGUGGGUGAAAAGUAAAACCGUUGCGUAAUACUAACACUAGGGACUCGAAAUCGUGAAAAGUUUAGAUAUAAAUAAUAACAUCUCGGCGCAGCCGCUCGAGAUUGUUCAUCACCAAAAAGACGAAGAUUGAGAUCUUUUGGUAUCUGUAUCUUCGCGAAAAGGUGAAAGUUGCAUCCGCCGGUGACUCCUUGACCGUUGAACAGAAGAAAACAGUGCAAUAUCGUGGAGUAAUCGUCCCGUGAUUUAUGGUUAAAUAUUAUUUAAUAAAUUUGAAGAUGAAAGUGUUCGCGGUCGUGUUGCUCUUUGCUUUCGCUUAUGGAGCUACGAUUCCUGAGGAUCAACCUGAAGAUGUUGAGGAAUUUCAAUUACCCGAUUUCGUCAAAACGUGUUACGAAGAUGAUCCAAAAUUAGGUGAAUGUGUGAAAGAGGCGGUAUCUGAUAUGAUGCCCCGUUUAAACAAUGGUUUGAAAGCUCUCAACAUUCCACCAUUGGAUCCAUUCACCAUAGAACGCACUAGUCUUGAAUACGGAAACGGUGCUCUUCAAGGUGCCAUCAAAAUGAAGAACUUAAAAACCUUCGGAAUGAGUCAAGCAGUAUUCCGCGAUGUACGCAUGAAAAUUGAAGAUGGUAAAGUUGAGACCGAAAUUGAUAUUCAUUUCCCGAAAAUCUUCAUGGAAGGAGCAUACAAGGCUGACAUCAAAUUCAACGAGUUGAAGCUGCAUCCUAAGGGACAUUUCAAUGUAACCAUGACAAACAUCAAUACCACACAUCACUGGGAAGGACAUUUGGUCCCCAAGAACGGACAUCAAUACUUGCAAAUUGAUACCUUCGAUAUGAUUCCUGAAGUUGGUGACAUGAAAAUCUAUGUUGGUGGUAUUUUCCCAGAUCCAGCAAUGAAUAAAAUUGCCGUGAACUUCCUCAAUCAGUAUUGGCCAGCUUUCUAUAAGAUGCUUUUGCCUGAAACUCGCUCCCAUUGGCAACCAUUGAUGACAAAUUCAAUUAACGAAUUCUUGGGACGAGUUCCAUUCGAUCUAUUGGUGAAGAAAAGAGAGUAAGCCUGGGGCAAUAUAAAUAUGUAAAUAAUACUUGAAUGUUAAUUAAUUGUUUGCCGAAUUUAUUGUAAUGUUAGAUAUGGUAUUGAUAAAGAUAUAUCGGAAUAAGAUAUUUUAUACAAUCAAAAG